GGUCUCUUCAACACGUACGUACGUACGCACGCACGCACGCACGCACGUUCACUGAACUCCCAUCGUGACGUAUGCCCUAGCGCCCGGUUAGCUAGCUUCUAAGCUAGUUAGCUAGUUGUUGUAGUUGACAGCGUACACUGGAGUCGGUUAACGUUAGCUAACUAGCUAGUAACUAACGUUUUCUGCACUGGUGACUGUCGGCAUCGGCCAUGGACGACGAAAGCCACCCCAAAACCCUGUAUGUGGGAAACCUCUCCAGGGAUGUAACAGAAAUUUUAAUUCUGCAGCUCUUCACCCAGAUAGGGCCCUGCAAAAGUUGUAAAAUGAUCACAGAGCAUACAAGCAAUGACCCCUAUUGCUUUGUGGAGUUCUUUGAACACAGAGAUGCUGCUGCAGCCCUUGCAGCCAUGAACGGGAGGAAGAUAUUAGGAAAGGAGGUCAAAGUAAAUUGGGCCACCACUCCAAGUAGCCAGAAGAAAGACACAUCCAAUCACUUCCAUGUUUUUGUGGGUGAUUUGAGUCCUGAGAUUACCACUGAGGAUGUCAAGGCUGCAUUUGCACCUUUUGGGAAAAUCUCGGAUGCCCGUGUUGUGAAGGACAUGGCGACAGGAAAAUCAAAGGGGUAUGGAUUUGUGUCCUUCUACAACAAACUGGAUGCAGAGAAUGCCAUUAUUAACAUGGGAGGACAGUGGCUUGGAGGACGCCAAAUCAGGACCAACUGGGCAACGCGUAAACCACCAGCUCCAAAGAGUGUCCAGGACAACGGCUUAAAGCAGCUGAGGUUUGACGACGUAGUGACUCAGUCCAGUCCACAGAACUGUACCGUGUACUGCGGAGGGAUCCAGUCAGGAUUAUCGGAACACCUAAUGCGACAGACCUUCUCACCUUUUGGUCAAAUAAUGGAAAUCAGAGUUUUCCCAGAGAAAGGAUAUUCUUUCAUCAGGUUUUCAUCCCAUGACAGUGCUGCCCAUGCCAUUGUUUCAGUGAAUGGCACAGCCAUUGAAGGGCAUAUAGUGAAGUGCUUCUGGGGCAAAGAAUCUCCCGACAUGGCAAAAAACCCACAGCAGGUUGAGUACAGUCAGUGGGGGCAGUGGAACCAGCUCUAUGGGAGUCCACCACAGCAAUAUGGGCAGUACGUGACCAAUGGGUGGCAAGUUCCCUCCUACAGCAUGUACGGCCAGACGUGGAACCAGCAAGGAUUUGGAGUAGAGCAGUCUCAGUCACCGGCCUGGAUGGGAAGCUUUGGCUCUCCAUCAGCCCAGGCUGCAGCCCCAACUGGUCCAGUAAUGUCCAACCUGGCCAACUUCAGCAUGGCUGGCUACCAAACACAGUGAGCUGGCCCUAACCUAAGUGUAAUACCAAGGGGAUUUUGUCAACCCUUGUCAAUCACACAGCACUCUUUCAUCUGGACAGCCGCUCUGGUAAAAGAAGGGCAGGGGCCAUAUUCACAAAGCCUUUGUAGCUAAUAGUUGCUCCUAAACCAGCUUAACAAUUAUGUUUAAAUGACUAUGUUCAUUUCACUUAGAACUUUUAAAAAGUUUAUUUGAUGAUAAUUCAUAGUUCUGUUAUGGAAAAGUGCUCUUGGGCUUCAGAAGUAAAGCCAUCCAGCAAGUGGAUGUUAAAGACAUACCAACCUUUUGAAUGGGGCAAGAGGAUUUGCCGCUUUAGCAUGCUUACUGGACAGGUAACUAUAAGACACAGACUCAUUGAUGCCUUUCCUCUCGUCACAAAUCCUAUUAGUUGACCAAUUGGCCAAACCAUCAAAAAGUCUGUAUCGUCCUUCAAAACUAAUUGUUACCUUCUCAGAUUCAAAAUUUGAGCAAAACUGUAUCUGAAAAUCAUGAAAUGUACACAUAACAGCUGAGUUGUUUUGUGGAGCUAAAAGUACACUUCCUGCAAGCCAUCAUGUUACUCCAGCAGCUCACUGGAAUAUGACAAAGAUUAAAAUCCUUUGAAACCUCAAACUUUAUAACAUUAAUAUUGAAUUAUCAAACUAUAGCAAUAUCUGCUUUCAGCUUGCCAAUAUGGUUUUGUAAUAUUUUAAUAUUUCAGUGAAAAGUAGUUUGUUACAGACUUCAUAAUGUUUAUUUACUUGUCAUACUUGGGGCAUUUUUCUGUCAUUUUAUACAACAGAGGACAAAAAUCCACUCAAGUCUUCAUGCAUUGAUAAGUAAAUUUUUGUAAUAUAUGUCAGUUUUUAAAAUGGCGUACAGUGAUGACAUUGUUGUACAGAUCAAGCAGAUAUGAUCAGUCAUCAUGAAUUGAAAAAUUGCACUGAGCCACAAGAAUGAACCAACUCACUAAAUGUUGGUCUGGGAUUAGCUUCAGCUGAUACAGUAUUAAGAACUUCAGUACUGUUUUGAUAUAUUAAUGAAAAAAUGCUUUGUGAAUAGAGGCCCUGGACCAGUAGUUUACCUUUCCAGUAUAUGUGAAGAGACUAUUUGUACAAACAACUGUGGCUUUAAAGGAGAUUUCAGUGUGAGGUGGUAUCUCUUAGGUAAAUUUUGUGUACAAAGAAAAUUUCACCUACACAGCUCUCAAAGCAAAAAAUGUUUUUCAUGUUUUGUAUCGGAGUGAUCAGCAUGUUUUUCGCAGACUUUUGAUGGAUUUUAGUUGACACCUUAAUGUAGCCUAGAUUGGACUAAUUUAUAAUCCUGUAUCUCAAAGGAAAGGCUAGAGCACAUGCUCUCUGUAUAAAGAAAAUAUUGUAAAAACAGCUUAACACCCAAACUUUGUAAAGGUAACUGACGCCAUAUGCUGAUUCUGGGGCUGGUUUCCUAGAGAAAUAUUGAAUCUUAGAUAUUUUCUUCCCUCUUACUUCCUCUUGUUAACCUCAGUUAAUUUAUAGUCAUUUAUUUCUAAUGGCUGUGAGAGUUUGCAAAGAACUCUAGACUUACUUUAGCACCAAAACCAGCCCCUGACUACAUUGCAUCGUAUUUGGUCCAAAAUUUUAGGAUUACUAUAAAUUGGGAUCGUUUUACUUUGUUAAUUCCAGUCAUUGAUUGCUCAGGGCAGCAGGCACUUAUGUUGCCCCUCAGUGUACUCGGUGUAUUUUCUCAUUAUUUACAGAAUGUUUCCAUAAAUCCCGGGUAAACUAUUUUUAAAAAUCACUGGCAAAUUGUGAUCAGAGGAUUUCUCAAAGACGAACUGCCAUUUGGAUUUCAUUUGCAUAUGUGCCAUUCUGUACAGUGUACUACACUCCUUGUAAGCCCACUCUCUUUUUCAUGUUGUAAUAGCCCACAUAAUUGAUAAUAUCUGUUCGUUUAUUAGAGCUGGGGGGUGGGUGGGGUCUUCAUUUAACAAAACAGGGUCAUGUUGGCUGAGAGUGUAAAUAGAAACCUUGAUCACAAACCUUCUUGAAACAUAAGAAUUAAUGUACAUACUGUAGGUAGAAUGUUAUGAGAUAAAAUGCCAUCAUUAAAUUUCAGCAAUAUAAUUUAUGCUUAAGCCUUAAUUGAUGUGUUGGUAAGUUCAAACUUUGUGUUUAUUAUCAGAGGCUCCAUUACAGAUCUAAAUUAUUUUCGACUGUGGAUUUUCCCAUUUUUAAGUUUGUGUGCCAUUUUUAGGAUGUAGCAGGAGGCAGGGGAAGUUUCAGCUUGAGCUGCACGCUUAUGACAUGUAAUAUAUUUCUUGCUAAAAUAAUGAAUGUAAUGGAAAUUUGCUUUUUUGACAGUAAUACAUGUAAGUUGAACAACAGACGUGAUGUUUAAUAAUAAAGGAUGAAAUCAAUUUUCCAUGUAAGGGAAAAUCUCAAUAAGUCACUUCAAAUAAAGAAACAUUUGAA